UGCAGCUUUUUGGGAACAAAAGCAGAACCCAGAAGAAGAAAGGAGCCGCGCCAACCAAACAAACAAGAAAGACAUAAGUGCUUGUGUUCUUUUCUGGGUUUAAGGCGCAGUUGAAAAGUGUAUAUAUCUAUAAGAGAAGCUGAUGGUCUAAAUAACCAAACAAACAACAACUCUAAGGUCUUGCUUCUUACAAUCAGGGAUGGGUGACAGUUAUGUCAUUCACACCCCAACUAUGUCCAACAAACAAAGCCAGAAGAAAACUAAGAAGAAAAAACGUGGUGGAAGUAAGAAGAAAAUGACCACCGAACAGACUAUGGCUUUCAAGUCUGUGAGUGAAUGGGUUUAUUUGGAUCAAGCUGCUUCACCGGCUGCCUCUGCAGCUUCUUGUGUCGUGGAUGAUUUCGGGGUCCAGAAGACUCUUGGAAGAGGUGGAGAGAAGGUGGUGUUUGAAUUGCAUUCGCAUUCAAAGUGCAGUGACGGGUUUCUUUCGCCUUCCAAGUUGGUGGAAAGGGCUCAUGGGAAUGGGGUGAAAGUUCUUGCUCUCACAGAUCAUGACACAAUGUCUGGCAUCCCUGAGGCCCUAGAAGCAGCUAGGAGAUUUGGAUUGAAGAUAAUUCCUGGUGUAGAAAUCAGUACAAUUUUCCAACCAAGAGGAGAGUCUGAACUUGAAGAACCAGUGCACAUCCUGGCAUAUUAUAGCAGCUGUGGGCCAACAAUUUAUGAACAGGUUGAAAAGUUCUUGUCUAAUAUAAGGGAUGGUCGUUAUCUUCGUGCCAAGAAUAUGGUCUCCAAAUUGAACAAGUUGAAGUUUCCUCUUACGUGGGAGCAUGUUGCACGGGUUGCAGGAAAGGGAGUCGCUCCUGGGAGAUUGCAUGUGGCCCGGGCCAUGGUUGAAGCUGGUUAUGUGGAAAAUUUAAAACAAGCUUUUGCUCGCUAUCUUUUCGACGGUGGACCUGCAUACUCUACGGGAAGUGAACCCCCAACAGAAGAUGCAAUAAAAAUGAUAUGUGAUACAGGAGGUGUGGCUGUGCUUGCUCAUCCAUGGGCAUUAAAAAAUACAGUUGCCAUCAUCAGAAGUUUGAAAGAAGCAGGUCUUCAUGGGAUGGAAGUUUACAGAUGUGAUGGAAAACUGACUGCAUAUAGUGAUCUAGCUGAUAACUACGGUCUUCUGAAGCUAGGAGGGUCAGAUUACCAUGGCAGAGGUGGGCAUGGUGAGUCCGAGCUGGGUAGUGUGAACCUUCCAGUUUUGGUUUUGUGCGACUUUCUUAAAGUAGCUCGACCGAUUUGGUGUGGUGCCAUUGCUCACAUAUUAGAGAGCUACGCUGACGAACCUUCAGAUUCAAAUCUAGCCAGUAUUACAAGGUUCAGGAAGGGAGGUUCCUCCUUAAGCUGCGACAAGGAUAUGAUCGAUCGUUGCUUGUAUUCAUGGUUGACAAAUGAAGAGAGGCAAAAUGCAGUUUUUGAGGCCAUCAAGGUGAAGCUGUCUCGUAUGUCAAUUAAUCACGGAGGAAAGCAGGUGCGGCAGGUUGCUAUAGAGAGUAAAUAAUUAUGAUUCUUCAUAGUGAAUUUUGAGCAACCAAGUAAAAUACUUUUUUUUGUUUUUGUGGAGCUUUCAUUGGCAUCUUUCCAAACUUGAUAAUUUCUUAUUUUUGAAUUUAAUUUGGUAAGGCAUGCCCCAAUAAUAUUAUCUGUUUGUU